AUGGAGAUUCCGUUCGCCUUGAAGUCUGGGUCCGGGAAGGGGGCUGAGGCAAAUGGAGGGAAUUCAUACAAGGAGUGUCUCCCCCCUGAGGAGGCAGAAUUGGUGAAGACAUGCUACAUUGAGCUCCAGGAUGUCAUCAAGGCCAUUGCCCAGUCUCUCAAUGUCAAGAACUACACCUCCCUCAUGAACCUCCAGGCCCUGCAGGAGAUGGGGCGGAGGAUGCCAGAGACAGCAGAAGAGAUGAUGUCCAUCCCACACGUGACCGAGGCGAACUUCCACAAAUACGGCGAGACCCUGCUGGAAGUUACCCGCAAGUAUGCCGCUCAAAGAAAUGCUCUGAAGGCAGCAGCAGCAGAGAGUCUAAUUCUGGAUGAUGAAGAAGGAGAGGGUUCAGAAGAUGAUUCCUCCCCCUACUUUGGCGCAGCCUCGGCAGGGAAUCCCCGCAGAAGGGCCAGGGGAAGGGGCUUUACCCGCUUCAGAGGGAAUUUCAGGAGAAAUAAAACAAGAGGAAGAGGAGGAGGAGGCGGAGGCGGGCCAAGCUCUCGUCGACCGACUUCAUCAGACAGGGGGAAGGGGAAAAAGAGGGGGAGCAGUAACCGAAAUGUGAACGAUGGGAUAGUGACAACAUCGGGUUCCUGGAUCCAGGCGAAGCCACUGGGUGCCACAAAGCCAGGCCCCGGAGUCAUGGCUGAUCCCGAGUGUCUCCCCCCUGAGGAGGCAGAAUUGGUGAAGACAUGCUACAUUGAGCUCCAGGAUGUCAUCAAGGCCAUUGCCCAGUCUCUCAAUGUCAAGAACUACACCUCCCUCAUGAACCUCCAGGCCCUGCAGGAGAUGGGGCGGAGGAUGCCAGAGACAGCAGAAGAGAUGAUGUCCAUCCCACACGUGACCGAGGCGAACUUCCACAAAUACGGCGAGACCCUGCUGGAAGUUACCCGCAAGUAUGCCGCUCAAAGAAAUGCUCUGAAGGCAGCAGCAGCAGAGAGUCUAAUUCUGGAUGAUGAAGAAGGAGAGGGUUCAGAUGAUUCCUCCCCCUACUUUGGCGCAGCCUCGGCAGGGAAUCCCUGCAGAAGGGCCAGGGGAAGGGGCUUUACCCGCUUCAGAGGGAAUUUCAGGAGAAAUAAAACAAGAGGAAGAGGAGGAGGAGGCGGAGGCGGGCCAAGCUCUCGUCGACCGACUUCAUCAGACAGGGGGAAGGGGAAAAAGAGGGGGAGCAGUAACCGAAAUGUGAACGAUGGGAUAGUGACAACAUCGGGUUCCUGGAUCCAGGCGAAGCCACUGGGUGCCACAAAGCCAGGCCCCGGAGUCAUGGCUGAUCCCGUCCCACGCUCCCGCUCCUUCCUCCCACCCCCCCCGCCUCCUGCCCAUCUGAUGAACUGGGACGAGGUGGACAUUUUGGGAAAACGAGGUGGACGUGCUAGUAAGAAGAGGAGAACGUUCUGGGUGGAAGAGGAGUUUGUCUUGGAAGGGCAAGGUGGACGGUUUGGAACCUGCUCCACCUGCAAAAUGUUCUCCACCUGUUCCAGGAAGCUGGGCUUCCAGCUGAUGAAAUGCACCGCGACGAACCCCAAGUCCCAGCACAUCUACCGCAAGAAGCUGAAGCUUCUUCAGCCGAGGAUGGUGGGCCCCUUCCACCUCGUCUUGCCCAGGGCGGAGGAAGGGACCCGAGGUGGGCUGUAG